AUGCUUUGCCCCUUAGCUAACUGGAUUGCGGAGGAGAUACCAGCCAUGGUUUGGCGACUGAUAUACCCUUCCCCAGUGAUGGUUCGCAGCCAGGGAGCCAAGGCUUCAUGCGAGACACCAGACCAGACCAGACCAAGCCAGAAAGUCAUUGAGAUAUAUCUCUAUCCUCAUAAAAAAUCACAUCCCUUCAACAUGCGUUUCUCCGUCCUCCUUACCGGCCUUGCUGCCGCUGGCUCCAUUGCCACUGCUGAGCGAACUUGCGGUGCUGUUCCUCCUCGUGCCUAUGAGAAGGAAUUCACCGAGGCUCUCAACUCCCUCAGCCCCGAGGCCGCCAGCGCUGACCUGACUGCCGGCAUCACCAUUGACACCUACCUCCAUGUCCUCACCAGCGGCCAGACCGGAAACAUCCCCGACUCCCAGCUCCAGGCUCAGAUCAACGCCAUGAACCAGCACUACAGCCAAGCUGGCGUGCAGUUCAGGCUGGUCAAGGCCACCCGCACCGACAAUGCCAACUGGGCCAGCGGCAGAGACGAGGCUGGCAUGAAGAAGGCCCUGCACAUGGGUACCUACUCCUCCCUCAACAUCUACUUCAUCCCCAACCUCAGCAGCGGUCUCUUGGGAAUCUGCUACUUCCCACGCGCCAACCCAAGCCAGACCACCAUCAUCAUGGAUGGCUGCAUGGUCCGCUCUGGCACCGUCCCCGGUGGUGAGACCACCAACUACAACCAGGGCAAGACUGCCACCCACGAAGUCGGCCACUUCUUGGGUCUCUACCACGUCUUCAGCGAGAACGGCUCUUGCGUUGAUGCCGACAUGGUUGCCGACACUCCCGCCCAGUCCAAGAAGACCAGCGGCUGCCCAAGCUCUCAGGACUCUUGCCCUGGCGGCGGUGUUGACUCUAUCCACAACUACAUGGACUACAGCUAUGAUGUCUGCAUGAACCAGUUCACUCCCGGCCAGGCCAACCGCAUUGCCCAGUCCUGGAGAGCCUUCCGUGCCGGCCACUAA